AUGACGGACGCUGCCUUACCUGAGUUCAAUUACAUAUUUGCAAUCGCUGUGCUGUUUGCAUUCUUAGACGCAUUCAACAUUGGUGCAAACGAUGUUGCAAACUCUUUCUCCUCAUCCGUGUCCUCCCGAGCUCUAACUUACUGGCAGGCAAUGCUCCUUGCCGCUAUUAUGGAGUUCCUGGGGGCUGUUUUGGCAGGAUCAAGGGUCUCAGACACUAUUAGAAGCAAAAUCAUUGAUGUUGAAUCAUUUGAAAACAGUCCAUCGGUGCUAAUGCUUACCAUGACAUGUGCACUAGUUGGAUCCUCAAUAUGGUUGUCAAUUGCAACAUCCAUCGGUAUGCCUGUUUCGACUACUCAUUCAAUCGUGGGAGCGGUGAUUGGAGCAGGAAUUGCUGCAAAUGGUAGCGAUCACGUGGAAUGGGGCUGGGACGGAUUCUCACAAAUCGUUGCCUCAUGGUUUAUUGCUCCUGCAAUUACAGGUGCUAUCUCGGCAAUUAUCUUUUUGAUCACUAAGUACUGCAUCCUCGAAAGGAAAAACAGUAUUGCAAAAGCACUGUUAUUCGCUCCUGUGAUUGUGUUUAUAUGCUUCUCUAUUUUGACAAUGCUCGUGGUGUGGAAGGGAGCACCAAACCUAAAGCUGAACGACCUAUCUACCGGGGCAACCGUUGGAUCAAUCUUCGGAGUCGGUGCAGUUGCUACUAUCCUUUACCUUAUUUUCUUCCACCCAUAUUUCACCAGGAAGUUGAUUCACGAAGACUGGACGCUCAAGUUCUAUCACGUUCUUGCUGGACCAACAUACUACUUCAAAUCAACGAAGAAUAUUCCACCAAAGCCAGAUAACGUGGAACUUGUGAUCGACUAUUACCGUGGAAGAAGAAACAAAACGCCAGUCGUUUUGACCGACGAUGAGAAGAAUGCUGGCGACAGUUCUCCACUAGUUGAGUUUCAGUCCAGCAACAUUGAGUCAUCUCCACAAACCCCAGAAGACAUUGGAUAUUUUGACUAUGUGACAGCAGCAGAAAGAAAGCUUUGGCGAAGCAUGGCUCUCCAACCUAAGCACUGGAUCAAACUCUUAUGGUUGCUAAUAAGUCAUGGCUGGAGACAAGAUGUUAUCAGUAACCAGGCAAACGCAUCUGGGGUUCUUGGCCACGGAGUUCAGGAUAUGUACAGCAAGUCAAAGUUUUACGACACCAAGACCGAACAUGUGUUUUCUUUAUUGCAGGCCUUCACAGCAUGCACUAUGUCCUUUGCUCACGGAUCCAAUGACAUUUCAAAUGCUGCAGGUCCUCUGUCAUCUGUCUACAAUGUUUGGAAAACAAACACGGUUGGUAGCAAGAGCGAGGUGCCAAUUUGGGUUCUUUGUUUCACUGCUGGAUCGCUUGUGCUUGGAUGCUGGAUGUUUGCAUACAAGCUUAUGUCAAACCUAGGAAAUAAGAUGAUUUUGCAAUCACCGUCAAGAGGUUUUGCAAUUGAGUUGGGAGCCGCAUGUACUGUUGUCAUGGCUACAAGACUUGGAAUCCCGGUUUCCACCACCCAGUGUGCCGUUGGUGGAACGAUCUUUGUCGGUCUGUGCAACAUGGACAUUCGUGGUUGCAAUUGGAAAAUGGUUCUAUGGUGCUACCUUGGGUGGUUUGUCACGCUACCCGUUGCAGGUCUCAUUGCGGGACUUAUCAACGGAAUUAUCUUAAAUGCUCCACGGUGGAACUAA